AUGGCUGAUGUUACAUCCAUACGUCUUUCAGCGGGUGAAGAACCUUACAUGCAACCAGAUCGACUGCAAUUACGCAGUUAUCUUCCGCAUGAAAUCGAUCAAAUCAGUUUAGUUCAGAUCACACAAACACAAACUUUUGAUAACCUGAUGAAGGGAACGUGUGUAAAAUGUCAUCGUUUCACUUGCAAAACAAAUGGAUUAAAUGGUAAAAUACUAAUGGCCCAAUUGAGUGCAAUCGAUAUGGGUAUGUUUGAAGUUGUAGAUGAGCUGGAAAGUUUUGUUGGAGGAAAACUCAAGGAGAAAGGUGACAAUUCCGAUAAAGGAGAUGUCUCAUCACUGUGUGAAAAUGAUGCAGUGUUGAAGUGUAUCGAUUCUGCUCUGAAUCGAAUCACAGAGCGAGCAAAAACAAAUUCUGAUGAGCAUUCAGUGAAACCGGUGAAGAAUGGUGUCGAAUUAAGACAAUCAUUAUUACGUGCCUACUUGAGAAAUCAUCUUUUCAAACAUGUGCGACGUUGCCAGUUAUGUGGACGUAAUAAUGGUACAAUUAAGAACGAUGUUGGUCGAUGUAUAUUAAUUCAUUUUGGUGUUGGGACCAAAUCUGCAAGAUGUAUUCCACUGGUUUUAUCGAAGAGUUAG